GUGUUAAAUAUUUCAAAGUUUUGUAUUUUAUAAUUGGUUUAUGGCUUUUGUGUGUAGGAAGCCGCAUUUCAAUUGCUUUUUUUUUUGCGCAAAACCCAAUCAAAUUACCAAAAGGCCGACGCACGUGCCAAAUGCGAUUUACAACACUAAAAAAAAAAAAAAAAAAGGUGGCCCACUAAACAGCCAAGUCGAGCCAAGUCGAUGUCAACGUCGCGCCGUCAGCUAUGCCCGCUGCAUUUGUAAGCGCAACCUUCGCUCGAGGCCGGGCCCGCGAAUGCGUCACGUCUCUUGGGGACGACUAUAAAAAGCCAGCAGCUGGCCAAAAACCAUAUCAAACAAAGCUCACAGCUUCAAGUGUCAACAAGCCAAAACAACCAAAAAACAACCAAAAAACCAAACAUGAAAUUCUUCGCCGUCUGCUUGUUCGCUGUUGUGGCUGUGGCUGCUGCCAAGCCCGGCAUUGUGGCUCCUUUGGCCUACACCGCACCAGCUGUCGUCGGCAGCGCCGCCUACGUGGCACCCUAUGCCUCCAGCUACACCGCCCACCAGGUGGCCCAUAGCGCCGCCUUCCCAGCUGCCUACACUGCACCCAUUGCCGCCGCCGCCUAUACCGCUCCUGUUGCUGCUGCCUAUACCGCUCCAGUUGCCGCCGCCUACUCCGCUCCCAUUGCUGCCGCCUACUCCGCUCCCAUCGCUGCUGCCUACACCUCCCCCUUUGCCGCCGCCUACACCGCGCCCAUCGCCCGCUAUGCCGCUGCAGCUCCUCUGGCGUACAGCGCGCCCGUCGCUGCGCCCGUGCUGCUGAAGAAGUGAAGCGCCAAAAUGUGACCAAUUCUUGACAUCUGCUCUCUAGUGUAAAUAAAGAUCC